CUUCAACUAAAACGAUUAAAAUCUUGAAAUAAGUGAACUAGAUAUUUAAAAUUAAUUUUUGAAAUCGAUUUUACACUAUUUAAGCUUAAUAUUAUUUUAUAAAUGUCGAUUAAUACUUCGAAGAAAGUUUUUAAUGAUUAUUAAUCAGGUUUUAACCUUCCUGGUCUACAGAUGAGUAGUGAGAAAAAAAGUAACUACAAAUGUCAACACGGUAACGUCAAAUUGACAUACACCUGUUCGUUGCGUAAAUUAAUUUUAAUUGCAUCCCAAAUAAAAUUUUACUAAAAAUAUCCGAUCCCAUUGUCAUCGCAUACAGCAGCAAAAUUUUAUUUAAAUAAAUUGACGACCCCUAGAAGAUGUAGUUCAAGCCCAUGCAAGUUUCAAUCGCGAUCAUCAUCUACAGUUCAUACCUUCAAGAGCUGCGAAAACAAUGAAUCCAUUAUUCGAAUACUUCCAACACAAUCAUGCACUGGCCAAAAUUGAAUAUGCAAUCAUGACAAAAUCAUCAUGUCUCACUCUGGAAGACUUUGAUCUAGAAAUGCUUCCAGAGUCAGUACUAAAAUGUGAACACCUUGGUGAGCUGCUGCUUGCCCACAACAAACUGCAAUCAGUCUCAUUACAAAUUAAUAGUUUAAAGAAUCUCCAUACACUUGCAAUUGAUUACAACAAUUUAGAUAGGUUUCCAAAUGAAUUAAAAGAACUGACACAAUUAAAGUUUUUAAAUAUUAGCCACAAUCCAAUCAAAGACUUGACUGAACACAUUGGCUGUCUCACCAAUUUGGAGCAUUUGUGGUGCAAUGCCUGUUGUUUAUCAGCCAUUCCAAAUGCCAUUGGUAACUUGGAGCAUUUGGACACAUUUGGUGCUAGAAAUAAUUUUAUAAGUCAAAUAUCACCAGGUGUUUGUAAAUUAGUCAAAUUAAGAUGGUUAACUUUGGAUAAUAAUAAAUUAACAUCAGUGCCAGCUGCAUUUGAAAAUCUGCAGAGUUUAAUCCAUUUAAAUCUAGCACACAAUCAUUUCAAUUCAAUUCCAUACACACUUUGCAAACUAAAAAAAUUGCGAUAUCUGCUGUUUCAAAGCAACGAAUUAUUUUCCAUCAACGAAAGCGUCCUGCUAAAAAUGAAGCAGCUAUACAAGAUAAAUUUAAUGAAUAAUCCUAUUUCCUCAAACAAGGAAACUUUAACUAAAUUUAAUAAUAUAUUAUUACCUGGUGCCAACUUCGAAGCGCCUUCACAAGAUGUGGAGAGUGACUCAGAUUCGGAGUCGACUUCUACUGACUGGGAGGAUAGCAUAGGCAGUUCAGAGAUCGACUUCGGGCGUUCAGAGGAAGCCAGUGACGAUGAAGAUGCGCCCGUCGACGUCCUCCCUAAGCUCUCAAAAUAUUUAUUAACGUACUGAACGUACCUCAAUCGUUGCUCGACUCUGAAUCUCUCUUUACACUAUCUUCUACGUACUUCGCACGUGCGAACUCAGCCACGACGACAUUAAUAAAAUUCCAAGUGAACUACGA